GAGGACUCUUCUUUGGUGGGAAGGAUAGCAUCUCCUGAGAACCCCUGCUGUAUGAGCAGGCUAACAUAAAUGGUGAAUGAGGUAGGAUCUAGGUCUGUUCCUUUCUAGGUUCCUGUAGAGAUCUGUAUGUAGCUGUUCCCUUGGAAGUUAAUUAAGAGAACAAAAACUAUUUAUUUGGAUCCAAGGCCUGCCCAUGGCUUAACUAUAGGGCUUAUCAACACUGGAAACAAGGAAGGAGGAAGAAUUGCACUGGAUCAGUGCAGGUCCAUCUCCACUGGUAGCUGUGGUGGCUUUGGAUUGUUGGAAGACCAUCACCUUCAGCAGGUCUGCACUUGACAACAUUCAUUCUUCCCCAGCCUGAGUGUGCCUCUGCCCUCUGUAUCAUUGGCAGACGCUGUAUGUUUGGAAAGAGAACUCUGUGACUGCAGAAUUGACAGUUGACUCUAACUCUUGCUACCAAGUUUUUCCCUGACCCAGUAAAAGACUGUUAAGACAUCAACCUAGGACACAUUGAGAACCAAGGCCAAGACUGGACAGGGACGUAUAACUGGGCUUCAACCAUGACUGGGACUAAGAAUAAGACAAGAGCCCAAGAUAAAACUGAAAAAAAGGCUAUUGUAGAAGCUAAAGCUGGAGCAGAGAGAGAGUCUACUGGUGUGGUUAGGCUUGUAGCCAAGACCUGGGCCAAAACCAAAGAUGAGGCAGGGUCUCAGACCGAUGCUGUGGCAGAGAUGAAGGCAGUGUCUAAGAACAAGUUUGUUGCUGAGAUGAAGGAAGGAGCUCCAAAAGCCCUGGGCAAAGUCACCGGAGUUUUCAGUCUCAAGGCUGGGAAGGAGUCCACCAGCUCCCUAUGUAAAAAUGAGGCUGGUACUGAUGCCUGGGUCUGGGCUGUGGAAGAGGCCACUAUCAACUCCCAGUUCUGGAAUGGACAAGAGGCUGGUAAUCAUUUUGGUGCUAAGAAUGAUAAGCCUGAAAUUGGUGCCCAGGUCUGUGCUGAGGAGUUGGAGCCUGCGGCUGCGGCUGGUUGCAAACCUAGGUCAGGGGCUGAGGAGGAGGAGGAAGAGAAUGUUAUUGGGAGCUGGUUUUGGGAAGGAGAUGAUACUAGUUUUGACCCUAAUCCUAAACCUGUGAGCAGGAUAAUUAAGCCUCUGCCUGUGUAUGAAAUUAAUGAAAAAGAUAGGCCCAAGGACUGGUCUGAGGUGACUAUCUGGCCCAAAGCCCCUGCUGUAACUCCAGCAGUGUUAGGAUUUAGAUCCCAGGCACCAUCUGAGGCAAGCCCUCCUUCAUAUAUUGUUCUGGCCUCAGCUGAAGAAAAUGCCAGUUCUUUGCCUGUGGCAACAGCUUGCCACUCUUCUAGGAAUACUCGCUCAUGCUCACAGCCUGUCCCUGAGGGUCCUUUUGGUUCUGACCCUUGCAUCCAGACCAUAGAUGAGAUUAGACGCCAAAUCAGGAUCAGGGAGGUAAAUGGGAUUAAGCCAUUUGCUUGUCCUUGCAAAAUGGAAUGCUAUAUGAAUUCUGAGGAAUUUGAAAAACUUGUUAGCAUACUUAAGUCAACUACUGAUCCUCUUCUUCAUAAAAUAGCACAGAUUGCCAUGGGUAUCCAUACUGUUCACCCAUUUGCCCUAGAGUUUAUUAAUAAUGGUGUAGUGACACUUAUUAAAAGCUUGCUCAGUUUUCCUUCCCCAGAAAUGAGAAAUUAUUUUACUCUGAAUCCUCCUUCUGGGGAUGAAGGACAAUGCAAAAUUGAAUGACAUGUUAAGCAUAUGUGUAAAGACACCAUGUCAUUUCCCUUGAACUCGAGAUUAAAGAUUCUAGGACAACCGACUGCUGAUUUUGUCCAUCACUACAUUGUUGCCAGGGACAAGUCAGAGCUUUUUCAUCUGCCAUCCUCAGGAAAGUACAAAACCAGAAAUCUUGUUGUAAAAGUACUUUUAAAUAUGUCUGAACAUCCAACUACAGCCAGAGACACGAUCAAUAUGAAGUCAUUGGCAGUGUCAAAACUCAUCUUUAACCAUAAACAGGCAAAUUAAAAUUGAACAAAUAAUUGGCUUGCCAAUCUUGUUAGUGGUGUGGCCAUAUUUAUAAAGGCGCAUAUCAGAAAGGGCUCAAUUGUAGUUGUUGAUACACUCAUGGACAUUUUCAGGGAAUUUAAAGGGAUUGUUGAAACAAUGUAA